ACUAUGCUUAACAUUGCGAGAAAUCGCAGAUACCCUACCUGGUAAUACCUCACUUCAGAACAAAGCGCUCACUGUAGCGAACGAUAUAAUGAAUGUCUUUAAUAACCGUGACUUGUCAAGUAUUCCUCAUGUGAGGAAACUCGCCGAAGAAGUCUUCGGUGAAGGCUGGGAAAAGAAGGGUGAAAAGAUCUACGAGGAGGGUACUGAGAAGGCUCAGAUUUGGGGUAUCGGGUAUUGUCAUAUUGAUACUGCUUGGCUCUGGCCUUAUAGUGUCACGCAGCAGAAGGUUGCGCAUUCGUGGUCUACGCAGGUUGACCUCAUGCCGGUAGUUGGUCGUAAAAAGGAGAGAAAGGUUCGAAUGGCCACUGGCGCAAGCCCGUCCUCGUGGUAUGGAAGCAAGCUCUUUAUCUUGGACCGGCUACCUUUUCCACCCUUCACGCUUCUCACAGUCAGAACAAAAUAAAUAUAUGUUUAGAGUCCAACCAUUGGUUUACGCGGAUGCCAUAACAUCACUGCUGCCUCGAGCUGAAGGUACGCUAUCAUUCGCAAUCAUGAUACACGCAUGAUAAGGACACAUUCCAUGGCGUACAGCUCGACAGAACUCCCGAAUAAUCGAAACAGAAUGGU